GUGUGCAACUGUUUAAAGAGAUGUCUUUAAUGCUCUAAGAAAGAGAGAAUUAUAAAAUUCCUUCAGUGCUCUCUGGCUCUGGGAACAGAAACAGCUUUCCUGUCAUUCAGGAUACACGCUCACACAGUAUUCCGGACAUCAUGCCUCUGGGAUCUCUCUGUGGGAAACUCUGAGGGGGGAGUGUUCAAAGGUGGAGCAGAAGCCUGAGCUUGUGGGACAGGACACAAGUACUGAACAGAAGUGGAUGUUUGAUGCUUUAAUCUUCUCUUUCCCCACAAUGGACUUGAUUUUAUCACGACACAGAUCCAUGAGGACUUUAACUUAAGUUGAAGUGAGUGUCUGCAAGAGGACCCUUAAGAGAAAGUUGGAGAUAAACUGAAAGUUUGCCUGGAGUUUAUCUGCACUGAUACCACAUCCAGGAGGAGUUGUGUUCACUGCUGCUGUGCCUGGAUAUCUUGUUGUUGUUGGUGGAAACUAUUUAGCACCAUGGCUGGGGUCACAAGGAAGGGAUCUGGGAGACCCUCGUACUACUACAGAUUCCUUGGCAAGUCCAGGCUGCAGCGUCAGCGGAGCCGGUCUCGAAGCCGCACCAGGCCAUCCACGAACAGGGAGUCUCCUCCAGAGAGGACGGGACGCCGACGCAGCAUGCCAGGCAGCGCCACCGACAAAACCACGCCAGCCAUGGAGGCUACGUCCACUGCUGGCACACCUUUCAGAGUCACCGUGAGUACUGGCUUUCUAAGUCGACGGCUGAAGGGCUCGAUAAAACGCACCAAGAGUCAACCCAAACUUGACCGCAACUCCAGCUUCAGACACAUCCUUCCUGGCUUCAGGAGCGUCGACAAUGACAGAUCUCAUCUGAUGCCAAGGCUGAAGGAGUCUCGCUCCCAUGAGUCAUUGCUCAGCCCCAGUACUGCUGUGGAAGCCCUGGACCUAAGCAUGGAGGACGAAGUCGUCAUCAAGCCCGUUCACAGCAGCAUCCUCGGGCAGGAUUACUGCUUUGAGGUCACCACCUCCACGGGAAGCAAAUGUUUCUCCUGCCGUUCAUCAGCCGAGAGAGACAAAUGGAUGGAGAAUCUGCGGAGAGCGGUGCAGCCCAAUAAGGACAACAGUCGGCGUGUGGAGAACCUGCUGAGGCUGUGGAUCAUCGAGGCCAAAGAUCUGCCGGCCAAAAAGAAAUACUUCUGCGAGCUGUGUCUGGAUGACUCACUCUACGCCCGCACCACCUGCAAACUCAAGACGGACAAUGUGUUUUGGGGAGAGCACUUUGAGUUCAACAACCUGCCCGCUGUCAAGAGCAUCACGGCGCACCUCUACAAAGACACGGACAAGAAGAAGAAGAAAGAUAAAAACAAUUACAUCGGACUCGUCAACAUCCCCGUCGCCGCUGUUACCGGGCGGCAGUUUGUGGAGAAGUGGUAUCAAGUGAGCACGCCAAACCCACCUAAAGGAAAAACAUCUGGGCCUAUGAUUCGGAUCAAAGCACGCUAUCAGAGUAUGAACAUCCUGCCCAUGGAGAUGUACAAGGAGUUUGCAGAGUACAUCACCAAUAACUACAUGCUGCUGUGCUCGGUGCUCGAGCCAAGUAUCAGCGUCAAGAACAAGGAGGAGAUGGCGUGUGCGCUCGUCCAUAUUCUACAGAGCACCGGCAAGGCCAAGGACUUCCUCACAGACUUGAUGAUGUCCGAGGUGGACCGCUGCGGGGAGAACGAGCACCUUAUCUUCAGAGAGAACACGCUAGCGACGAAGGCCAUCGAGGAAUACCUCAAGCUGGUGGGACAGAAGUAUCUGCAGGAUGCCCUCGGCGAGUUCAUCAAGGCUCUGUACGAGUCAGACGAGAACUGUGAGGUGGAUCAGUCCAGGUGUUCGUCAGGUGACCUGCCGGAACAUCAGAGCAACCUGAAGAUGUGCUGUGAGCUGGCCUUCUGCAAAAUCAUCAACUCAUACUGUGUCUUUCCACGAGAACUGAAGGAGGUCUUUGCGUCGUGGCGUCAAGAAUGCAGCAACCGGGGUCGACCGGACAUCAGUGAGCGUUUGAUCAGUGCGUCCUUGUUCCUGCGGUUUCUCUGUCCAGCCAUCAUGUCGCCCUCGCUUUUCAAUUUGAUGCAGGAGUAUCCUGAUGACCGCACAGCACGCACACUCACGCUCAUCGCCAAAGUCACACAAAACCUGGCCAACUUCACAAAGUUUGGUAACAAGGAGGAGUACAUGUCCUUUAUGAAUCAGUUCCUGGAGCAUGAGUGGACCAACAUGCAGCGCUUUCUGCUCGAAAUCUCAAACCCAGAGACAAUCUCCAACACGGCGGGUUUUGAGGGGUACAUCGACCUCGGCAGGGAACUAUCCACCCUGCACUCCCUCCUUUCUGAGGUGGUGUCCCAGAUGGACCAGAGUGCUGCCUCAAAGCUGGGUCCUCUGCCCCGGAUCCUGCGGGAGGUGAACACAGCUCUGUCCAACCCGUCGGCUGUCCAGAUGACACCAGGACAGUCCUCAGAGCAGAUGGGCUCGCCUCCUGCUGAGGCCGGGUGCAGCAUCUCCUCUGGCCUGCAGAAGAUGGUCAUCGACAAUGACCUUUCAGGAUUAGUCGACUUCACCCGGUUACCCUCCCCUACCCCUGAAAACAAGGACCUAUUCUUUGUGACGCGGAGCUCAGGGAUCCAGCCUUCGCCCGCACGCAGUUCAAGUUACUCUGAGACCAACGAACCCGACCUGGGUAUGUCCAACGGCAGCAAGAGUCUGUCCAUGGUGGACCUCCAGGACCCCCGCAGUCUGGAUGGUGGCCAAGGUGCCGGCUCCUCAGAUGGCCUGGGUGAAAGCUCAGGCUCAGGGGUAGGCUGGUCAGCAAGGAUCUCACAGGGCAGCAUCCCUGGAGGUCCCACCUUGAGGAGGCCAGGCCAGACUCCUACAACAAUGGGUCCAGACAGCACACCAGGCAGACCCGCCCAGCUUCUGGCCCCCCUUUCCUUCCAGAACCCAGUCUACCAGAUGGCAGCAUGCCUGCCGGUGUCCCCUCGAGGUAUGACCGACUCGGGCUCAGAGUGCCACAGCUCUGUCAGUUCCCAUAGCAACAACGAUGAUGGACCAGCAGGAGGCAAACACGCCUUCUUGAAUCACGGAGGUGGAGGUGGGGGGAGCAGCGGGGACGAGUACACCAGACGUUCAGGGGAGUUUAACCGCCGGCAGCUGUCCCUCACAGAAACACAGCACCAGCCCACCGUCCCCAGACAGAACAGCGCCGGCCCACAGCGGAGGAUAGACCAACCCCCGCCUCAGAGCAUAACACGGGGUCGCACGCCCCCGAAUCUCCUCAGUGGACCUUACCCAAGACCCUCGUCUGGAAACAUGAUGACAUCAUCACCCGACUGGCCCGGCAGCGGCGCUCGGUUACGACAGCAGUCGUCUUCUUCGAAAGGUGACAGCCCGGAAACCAAGCAGAGGGCGCAGCACAAACAGGCCCCCUCCCCAGUGAACCCCAGUGCGCUGGACCGCACAGCCGCCUGGCUUUUGAAUAUGAAUGUGCAGUUUUUAGACCAUGAGGGGAUGGAGCCCGAGUCACUGAGAAACAGAGAGGAUCUGACUCAGGUGGAGAAGUACCAGCAGGAGAUAGCCGUGCUGCAGGAGAAGCUGCGGGCGUCGGUGCAGAAGCUGGAGGAGUACGAGGCGCGUCUGAAGGGUCAGGACGAACAGGCGCAGAAGGUUCUGAUGGAGUACCAGGCUCGGCUGGAGGAGUCGGAGGAGCGCCUGCGCAGACAGCAGGAUGACAAGGACCUCCAGAUGAAGGGCAUCAUUAGCAGGUUAAUGUCGGUGGAAGAGGAGCUGAAGAAGGACCACUCAGACAUGCAAGCGGUGGUCGACUCUAAACAAAAGAUCAUCGACGCACAGGAGAAGCGCAUAGCAUCACUGGAUGCAGCCAACGCCCGCCUGAUGAGCGCUCUGACCCAGCUGAAGGAGCGAUACAGCAUGCAGACCCGCAACGGCAUCUCGCCCACCAACCCCAGCAAACUGCAGAUCACUGAAAACGGAGAGUUCAGGAACAGCAGCAACUGCUAGAGCGACUGCACGGAGUGAUGAGUGCCCCGAGUGUGUACAGUCAUUACAGGAGCGGACGUCUACAUACAUGCAUGCAUGGAAGCAUGCCCAGUUUGAAAAGACUGCGAGGGUGUGUGCGUGUGUUUUUUUUUUUUUUUUAAAAGCAGACACUUUUGGAAGAUUUCCACGUGUUGGACAUCGGUGUCAAAGUAAGGACGUCACUCAGCAGGAAGAGGCGGGACUGCAGCGUGACGGACAGAUCAGUAAGAGAUCACCAGACAGCCUUCAUUACGAGGGAGGCGGGGGCAGAACUUGUACAUAUGAAACUGUCCAUCAAACACUUUGCCAGAGGAUGUAUGCAGUCGCCGGGACAUUUCAAGACCCUGAAGACACCUGGGACAAACCACUAUAUAACCACACACAGUGACGAGCACCUGACAUGGUCGCCCUAGCAGCCCUCCUCUCCUCCUCUCUCUCUCUCUCUUUAUCCUUCUCCCUCUUGGCGACCAAGUGGACCCACUUAAAAACAAUAACACGCUUUGAGGAUUAUCACUUUAGUUGUCCUGAGAGGAUUACUUUCUAGUGCUUUAUUUCAAAGUCAUUGUUUAUUAAGAACCAAAUAGGAGCUCAAAUAAAUAGAUUUUUAGUCCAGAACAAUCUUCUUUAUGUCCUUUGGGUGUGUUCCCCCCCUCCUUCCCCUCUUCAUCCCUAUGUAGUGCACUUUGUAAGAAGCUAUUGGUACAUGAAACGCCUUAAGAAAGGAACACACCUCGACUUUAUCCCCCUCUUUCUGCAAAAAAAGUAAAAAGGCACAACUUAUACUGUGGAUUUGUAAAGGAUACAAAAUUUAAUUGUAAACAAAUAUAUUAUGAACACUAAAAUUAAAUUCUAUGUGAUACUAUAUUAAUGAAAUUUAAUAUAGAUGUAUGCAUUUUUUUUCUUCUAUAGAGUAAACACACAUAUCUAUAUCUAUAUUUGAUAAUCUCAAAUAUAUAAAAGCAGCCCUUUAUUCAGGAGAUCUACUUUUAUUUUUUCUUCUCUUACAAAGAAAGACUGAAGUGUGUAGCGUGCUUUAGAGCCCUGGAGGAGGAGACCACACCGAGCAGUGAUCAGCACCAUCUGCAGAUAAUCUCCAUGACGCUUGCGUUUUUAUUUAGUGUGCACUUCAUUUGUGAGACCUUUCCGUGAACAAGCUGACUCACACAAUCAAAAAUAAGCUCCUUGAUUUGGUGCUUUAACGUUGCUUUCAAAGUCGAGAUAAAAAAAACAGAUAUUUUUUAUAAGUCUUGACUCUCGUGUGGUCUCCUCUCUCUAGCCGCACAUGAGCUAUUGAGAGACGUGUUCAUACACACUCUCUCAUACUAUACACUGGACUGGUGAGCCAUUGGAAUAAUGGCCUCCUUGGUUACAACAUUUCCUCUCUAACUGCUUCGUUCAUCAGUGGUAAUGAAGUAUGCUGCAUCCCAACAUCCAAACUGUGACUCUAUGAACCCAAAUGUUAUCAUCCCUUCCCUUUUCUUCCCUUUGUGUCCUCUUCCUACUCCCCACCGCCGUGCUUCAUUCAUCAUUAUCACACCUGAGGCAACUCUGCCUAGACGUCAUGCUCAGGGUGAAAAGCUAUCCAGAACUAAAUUGGGCCAUUCAAGAAGCUAAAACAGCAUAUUUGGCUAACCAUACGCUAUAGACAACAGCUAUCAUUACGAUUCAACCACUUCCUAACAUUACUGUUCAUUUACUGUGCAGCAGUGAAUCAGCCUCAACACGAGGUGUUGCCUAACAGUUGCUCACAUUUCAGUUAGAUGAGAAUGUUCUUAAACAGGUAAAUGUACUGUAAUGUCAGCUAGUCGGCUAGCUGACAUUACAAUAGCUAAAUGCUAACAUAAGCUGUUGUUCAGUGGUAAUUUUGAUAACAGCUGACCAAGAGCUGUAUUAAAUAAAACUUAAAAGUGGAUAAGUGUUAACCCUGGUCAUUGUUUUAAGGUAGCUAACAUUAUUGUUAGCUAGGACUUUACUACAACUAACAAUCACAAACCCAAACAUCAACUAGCAAGAGGCCAAAGGGUGAAAUGAGCUAAAAUCACAGUUAGCUAAAUCACAGUAGCUAAAAUCACAGUUAAGGUGCAUUUGGACCAAGAGUUCUGGGGUCUUUUGGCCCCCAGAACUACUUUACCCUGAACUAAAAGGUUCUGUGCCCCCCGUUGUUGUCUGCGUUUUGACCGUGGGCUGAAGUCCCGGGUAGAUUGUGCAAAUCAGGCCAGUGACGUAUGGAGAAAAGAAAAGUAAAUGCACAACACCACCAGACCAGUAGAGGGCAGCAAAACAAAGACAAAUGCCAUUCAUCACAGAUGACACCAUAGAAGCAGACUGACAGGCAGGUAUCCUUAUGAGCAACACAGCAGUUAGCCUGUUAGCAUGGAAGAGACUCAGCUCGCGCUGUUUUAGAUGGUGCUAUAUUUCAUCACAGAUGGAUUCACUGAAUCAACGCAUGAGGAGAUAUGCGCGAGUAGCAAAGACGUUUCAACACGGCUUUGAAAUCCUUUUUAACUCAAAAAGCUGUGGCAGAGAUCGGCCAGUGCUUUAGUUUAAACCGCGACCCUGUUAUCUGCCGACUUUCAGUCGGUUGCAUCCCUCAUAAACGUCUUUAGACGAUCAUUAAAUAUCUGAUGAGGAUAUUUGGAAUCUUAAUAAACAAAACAACUAGUUUGCUUUCGAAGGAACUCCCUCUGUGUUUCAACAGCUGUGUAAACUCCACAAACACCGUUACGUUCAUCUGAAGGUCUCCAUUUUACAGGGUUACUUUUAACACCGUAACACCGGGAGAGCCGCAUUUGCGGUGGGCUGAGAGAAGACUACUGUUACAAGCUGCUCAAUCAAGGGAAUCACAGCGACUUCUUUUUUUGAAAAGUACUACCCCCCUAGCAGGGGCUUUUUAGGGGGGAGAUUAUCGACCCCUGAACUAAAUUUAGACCCUGGGUCCACCGGUUGAAACGCACAUAGUUCCAUGGUAAAGUUCCUCUGGUCGAAAAACGCCUUUAGCUAGGAACAGCACCAACUGUUAAUUAGCUAACAGCCCAUGGUAACUUAUAUUCGCAUCUACAUUCAAUUUACAUUUAUGUUAGCUAGAAAAUGGCGGUAUGGUAUCAUUAGCUGUUGUUUUGCAGUUGCCAACAUUACUGUUGGCUAGGAAUUUGUAUCAGGUAACAUUUUCAUACACUGAUGUCAGCUAGGCGGCUAGCUGACAUUACAAGGGCUGAAUGCUAACAUCUGCCAUUGUCCUAUGGUAGCUAACAUUACUGUUACACUUCCAAAAUGUCAGCUUAAGCAGAACUGAACACCAAUUAGCUAACAGCUAAAGGACGCAAACAUUGCAUAUGCUAGGAAUGUAUACCUUGCAACAUUAUCAGUUGAUACAUUUAGCUAGAAAAUGGCGAUAUGCUAACAUUAGCUGCGUAUAUUGGAAUUUGUAUCAACUACACUUACUGAAGAGUCAGAUAGGAGGUGGCAGAGUGCUAACAUUAGCCGCUGUCCUAAAGCAGCUAGUGUUACUGUUUGUUGGGAUUUGUAUUUUAGUGGGACUUUCAAACGUACGUCUGCCAGGAAGUUUCUGAAUUCUAACUUUGACAGCAUUACCAUUAGCUAGGAAUCUGUAUUGUGCUAAACCGUGAGACUGUAAUGCUAACACUGGUUGUUGGUUUACUGUAGGGAAUAGGUUAUCAAAUUGUUAUUUUACCCUGAAUAUGGCCCGUUAUCACCCGACAUUUUACUCACUCAUUACUUUCUUUCACCUGCUGAAUAAUCAAGAAGUAGAUAAACGAUAACUGUUCAGUUUCUUCUGUUUAACUUUCAAACCUCAAAGCAUAGCAACACAUGGUCUUUUUGAUAACAGCCUUUCACCAUGAGAGUGACGUCAGAGGAAAAUGGCUACCGUACGGAUAUGGUGGCUCCCCCUCGUUCUUUUGAAUGUGAAGAUGCUAACUCACAGUUGGUCUUAAAAAUGGUCCUACUUUCUUCUGCUGCCGCUCUCAUUGCUUCGUUCAUACCACCUCUUCAUCUGUAUUUUGUAUAUUUUUGUAUUCAGUUUUCUUACCUGUAACAGACUGUGUACAUCAAGUGUGAGGCUCUGCAUGCUUCAUCCUCGCUCGAGAGCUGAUGGUAGCGUCCGUAUCACAGUUUUUUUUUUUUUCUUUUGUUGCCAAUUGGAAGGUGAUGAUGAUAAUGAUGAUGAUGUUGAUGAUGAUGAUGAUGAUGAGUGGCUGGCUGCAGAUAUAUACAGUGAAUAUAUAUGAUAACUGAGUGUAUCAGGAGGCUGGACAGCCCAGGAAAGUGUAAAUAAAAUGCUCACACUAUUUUUACCUAAUGUUAACAGAGCUUUUUGUAAAUGUAUCUUGUGCUCAGACUCUGCUGUAUCAUUAUGAACAUUGUAAAUAGAAAAUAGCUCAGUCGGUCAUCUGUCCUCAUCGGGUAGAACUAUACAAUUAAAUUAACCUGUCAGUGUUCUCCCUGUUGAAGCUAAUGGUUUUGUAUUUUAGAGUGUAACAUCACUAGCCAAAAGAAAAUCUGGUUCAGUAGGAGUUUGACUCUUGGGAAGUCUUGGAGGAUGCCUCCUUGGUUUCACACCAAGCUGAGUCCGGUCUCGAUGAGAUUAACAAGCACAAUCCUGUAGUUCUCAUCAGUCUAGCUCUAUGCACUUUUGCGUUAAUGGUUGGUGUUUAAAAUUACGCUUUUUUUUGUUGUUGUUGUUCAGCAUAGCGCCGACUCAAGGUGCAAAAAACACAGCAAAGUUUUAAAGCAAAGAAAGGGAAUUUUGGUAUAACUCAUUCACAAACCCUUUUUGAACUCAACAUUUUAAAAUUAAAUAACAUUUAUGUUUCCUUUGACAUCGUUUCUUACCAGGCAUUCAGUCCUAAAACCAUACUGAGCAACUGCAGAUUUUAAAGUGAGACUUUGUUACUUUAUCAAAGUUUAUCCUCUUAGAAAUAAAUGAAUUCAUUUGCAAACUGAAACAUUUCAAAGUUAGCUAGCUUGUCUCAAUGCUACUUGAUCGUUUGGACCAGUGGUUUUUGCUAGCUAAUGUUAGCUAACAUUUUUAAAUGUAGGUUUAACUGAACUCCACUCUUGCUAAUCUAUUGAUAAUUUAGGAUUCAAGCUAAAUGUUUAGCUACUGUUAGCUACUUAACACAAACAUUUACAGGCAGAAUUUUGGACUCAAUUGUUUUAGACUGACUUGUGAUAUUAUAACAAACAGAUUGGUUGGUAGUAUUUGCUAAUGGUUGCAAAUUAGCUUGACAGCCGUAAAGCUCAUGUGAAAAGUUUUUAGUUGGUAAUGAAUCAGUUUGCAUCAAAAUGUUACUAAUGUACAUUUAUGACCCAUGAAUGCGAACGAAACCCUCUAAUUACUGGUUCCUUUAGACGGGAUUUUCCUAGGGGUUCUUUUUCACAUUUUCCUACAACAAAGAUUCUCAAUGCAUAAUAAUUUGUAGAUAACAGAAAUUAGUUUUUUGGUACCAAAAUAAAAUGCUACAUACAUUCAUAAAAGACAAAAUUAGCAAAGACUUGAGUUACCAUUUUCUUAGAUUAGCAUACAAUUAAAAUUCCCCAUGACAGCGUUAUUGCUACAUCCUCUGUUUUUGCCAGGUGACUUAGUUUACGUAGCAUUGAUAUAUUUUGGGGGUCAAAUUUCCCCCUUAAAGGUACAUAACUCUUACCCAUACUCCCUUUUCAAGGACACGCAAGCAUUUUAGCUAAAUGCUGAACUUUUGUUUACCAAUUACAUUAGCUAACUUUUGACACACUUUAAUGCUAAGCCCUUACCCUUUAUUUGUCUGGUAUGCAAAGAAGCUCUUGGUGGCUAAUCUAGUUAAAGUAACCAGUUUUAGCUAACUUUCUUAAAAAUAUUGGUUCUGUUUUUCCCUUUAGCUUCUGAUAGCUAAUGUGAGCUAAUUUUGGUUGAAAUGUUGAUACAAAUUGACUUUUUGACUCUUCCUUACGACUUGUUUUUUGCUAGUACUGUAGCUUAGAUAUUCAGCCAAACUAUUCCCAACUAAAGUACAAUGUACAGUUUAGCGUUUAGCAGUGGCAACAGCUCAGCUAAAGUUUCUGAGUCUCACUUUAAUCUGCAGUUAAGGUUUCAAUUAUAACAGUUAACUGAGAUUAACCAUCAUGUGUUCCACAUCAGCACAAACUCUAAAAAGGUAACUCUCUCUGAUGCUUGAGUUUUGAUUUAAUUUCUCAGCGACUAAUUCAUUUAUCCCUUCCAUGUUCACAGUUUUACUUUCAAGUCACUCUUCAUCAGUUCAGCCAGGCCGACAAAAGAUCAAUCAAAAUAUAAAGCUAUAAAUAAAGUAAAAGAUGUUGUAUGUUUUCUAUUAUCUUGUAGAAAAUACUUUUGUAAGUAUGUUAAAAGUAUAAAGUAUUUGCUGGAUUCUGCUUCCUUUGACGACGGUGACAAAACAAUAAUGUACAGAGGAAAAAUUGUGUUGACAAAAUGUGGCUGUGCAAUUUAUGUACAUUUGCAACUAGACCUAUUAAAGUUUUAUUUAGCUAUUUUAAAA